AUGUCGCACUCUCACGACGGUCACUCUCACUCCCACGAUGGAGGCUUCAAUGCUGUUGAGCAUGGCCACUCUCACGAGAUUCUCGAUGGUCCUGGGAGCUUCUUGGGUCGUGAGAUGCCAAUUGUAGAAGGGCGAGAAUGGUCCGAGAGAGCUUUCACCAUUGGCAUUGGAGGUCCCGUCGGUUCCGGAAAGACUGCUCUCAUGCUUGCCCUCUCCCUUGCGCUCCGAAAGGAGUACUCCCUCGCUGCCGUGACGAACGACAUCUUCACCCGCGAGGACGCAGAGUUCCUCACCCGAAACAAAGCCCUCCCACCUCCUCGCAUCCGUGCCAUUGAGACCGGUGGCUGCCCGCAUGCUGCAGUCCGUGAAGAUAUUUCCCAGAACCUCGCUGCAUUGGAGGACCUGCAUCGCGAGUUCGACACCGAUAUUCUCCUUAUUGAAUCGGGAGGCGACAACCUCGCUGCGAACUACAGUCGUGAACUUGCCGAUUUCAUCAUCUACGUUAUCGAUGUCAGCGGCGGUGACAAAAUUCCUCGAAAGGGUGGCCCUGGUAUCACGCAGAGUGAUCUUUUGGUUGUGAACAAGACCGAUCUAGCUGAGAUUGUUGGCGCAGACCUUGGUGUUAUGGAGAGAGAUGCUCGAAAGAUCCGAGAAGGCGGACCAACGGUCUUUGCGCAGGUGAAGAAAGAUGUUGGCGUCGAUCACAUUAUUAGACUGAUAAAGAGCGCAUGGAAGGCCAGUGGUGCAGAGGAAGAGAGACGAAGCAAGGGAGGUCCCAGACCAACAGAGGGUCUGGAGCAGCUGGAGUAA